AUGAUGGAGAAAUCGUGCAGCCAGUACGACUCGUUCCUGUUCUGGAGGCAGCCCAUCCCGGCGCUGGACCUCUCCGAGCUGCAGGACCUCGGACUGGUCGACGGUCUUCGGAACCCGGCCAAAGACGAGCUGACUGGACGUGAGCAGCACGAGGAGCUGAGCGAGUUCUCGUCCUUCAACUACUGGAGGGAUCCCAUCGCCGACGUGGACGCGCUGCUGGCCGACCUCAACCUGCUGCUCUGAGCCCUGCCCUCUGACCCCCGCCCCCCAUGUGAAGCACGCUUAGAAGCUGUCGUGAUGUCACUUUAACUCGCUACAUGAGCUUCCACUUUGAGGUUGAAAGGAUUAGCCCGUCACUUUAUCAUUCUUUUGCUUUUAUUUUUUUCAAAUUAAAAACUAAGUUGCCAUAUUAAUAUAUUUUAAGCUAUGUUUAUGUAUUUAUUUCAUGCUGCUGAUUUGAUGUUUCACUUUGAGCAGGCCUCACACUGAAGCCACUGGACAAUAAAAACCUGUUUGUCUUCUGAAUGUAUCAAACAAUAGCGACAAUAAAACUGAUUUCCUUUUA